AUGCUCUUUGCACCUAUCACCCUCCUGGCCAUUGUCGCUGGUGUGUCUGCCCAGACCACCGCCCAUAACGACUUCAGCGCCUACGAUGAGAUUGUUUCCAAGGCCACCCGAACACCCAAGUUCUCCACCAUCAAUCCUGCUGCCACUGAUAUCGCCAAGGCUGCCGAGACUGCCGCUGUCAACUCCUUCAAGGACAAGCCUCUCGUUAAGGGUAAGGCCUUUGAUAAGUUCUACCAGGUGUGGCUCGAGAACACUGACAAGUGGAAGGCUCGGGACGAGCCCGGUCUCGUUGAGCUCCAGAAGCAGGGUAUCACUCUGACCAACUACUGGGGUCUCACUCACCCCUCUGAGCCCAACUAUGUUGGUGUUGUCGGUGGUGACUACUUUGGUAUCUUUGAUGAUGCCUUCCUCCGAAUCCCUGAGAAUGUGUCCACUGUUGUCGAUCUGCUCGACUCCAAGAACAUCUCUUGGGCCGAGUACCAAGAACACCAGCCCCAUGCCGGCUUCGAGGGUUUCAAUUACUCUCGACAGUCCGAUUACGCCAACGAUUACGUCCGAAAGCACAACCCUCUCAUUAUCUACGACUCCGUUGUGUCCAACCCUCACAACCUCGGUUACAUCAAGAACUACACUGAGUUCAACAAGGACCUAAAGAACAAGGAUCUUCCCCAAUGGGCCUUCUUCACCCCCAACAUGACCAACGAUGGUCACGAUACCGAUAUUUCUGUUUCGGGUCGGUACGUUACCAACUGGGUCAAGCCUCUGCUCAACAACACCGAGUUCGCCAAGGACAGUCUCAUCAUCAUCACGUUCGAUGAGAACGAGACCUACAAGGACCAGAACUCGGUCCUCGCUAUUCUUCUUGGUGGUGCCGUCCCCGACCAUCUGCGAGGUACCACUGACGAUACAUUCUACGACCACUACUCCAACCUCGCCACCGUCGAGGCCAAUUGGGAGCUCCCCCAUCUUGGACGUGGCGAUGUUAAUGCCAACGUCUUCAAGUUUGUCGCCGAUGAGCUCAACAUCAAGAACCGAAACAUUUCCACUGAGGGUUUGUACCAUAACGCCUCUCAGCCUGGUUACUUUAUGGACGACACCGUCCCUAUCCCGGUCCCUGACCUGACUGCCGUUGGUAUUUCCGGUAACAAGAUUCUGCCCAAGAUCGCCGAGAUCUGGGGCAAGGCUGCUGAGAAGAACUCUACUGUCGCCUACCCUAACUCCACUGCGUCCGCUACUUCCGGCGCUGGCGUCGCCGUUGCCGGAGUCAACCACACCUCUCCCAGCGUUGUUCCCUCCAAGAACACCAAUGGAGCCACCCUCAUUACUCUUUCUGGAGCUGCUCUUGUUGGUGCCAUCGGUGCUCUUCUUCUCUAA